AUGGGAACAAGGAUAUCAGACCUUUAUCGGUGUUUUUUCUGUGGAGGUGGAUUAAGAAACUGGGAACCAGUUGACCAGCCCUGGGAAGAACAUGCCCACUGGUAUCCAGAAUGUCCUUUUGUGCGACAGUGUGCAGGAAAUGAUUCUGACUUUAAAGAUAUUCAAAGGAACAGGAAUAUACUAAUUGCAUCCACUGAUGAAACCAAUCAAACUCCAGAUCUUGUAAUUGAUCCGAUAAAUUCUGCAACAACGAAUAAUGAAUUCAGCAGCCACCAAGCUGUUAAGUCGGUCUUAGAAUUAGCAUUUAAAAAGACGCUGGUAAAGAAAGCUUACGGUUUGUUGCAGCUAGAAGGGCGGACAGCAUCAAUCACAAGUUUGAAAGAAGAAAAUCAGAAUCUGAGAGAUCAGCAAACAUGCAAGAUAUGUCUAGAGGAACCAGUAUCUAUAGUAUUUCUUCCAUGUGGUCAUCUUGCUUCUUGUGUAAACUGUGCGUCUAUGCUUAGAAGAUGUCCAAUAUGUAGAACAUUUAUCAAGGGGACUGUAAAAACUUAUUUAAGUUAG